AUGAAUAAUAUAUUGCGACACUUAUUAUUGUUAUUGAAAAAAAUAUGGAUACAGAGAUGGAGAAAAAAAGGAUUUAUAUUACUUGAGUUUGUCCUUCCAAUAUCAAUGUUUAUAAUUUUAACUAUAAUGCGCCUUUUUACACAAGAUUAUCCAAAAUCACAUUGUCAUUAUGAUGCCAAAGGUUUAUUAUCAGCUGGUAUACAACCAAUGUUAGAUGGUAUUUUAAUAUCAUAUAAAAAUCCAUGUAGAAUAUCUGAAACAUCUGGAGGAGAUACAAGAUAUAUCAAUACAAAAAUAUUACGAUCAAAAUUAUCAUUAGGAGGAGAGUAUACUUUAAAAUUUUUUAAAUUUAUUGGUGAAAUAGAUAAUUUUGAAACAUUAACACAAGAAAAUUUAUUACAAUUAUAUAUAUCAAAAUAUAAAACUGAUUAUGAUGAUAAUACGUCAUUUUUAUCUAAAUUUAAACAAAACUUUAAUCAAUCAUUAUACAAGAAAUUUAAUAAUUCUAUUAAGUUUAAAAAAAAAAAUAAAUUAUCUUAUCAUUUUAACAAAAUUAUAAAAUAUAAAUCUUUAGAUAAUAAUAAUUUUGGUAAAAGUAUAAUGAUUGAUUCUGAGUUAAAGAGAGAUUUUGAAACUCUUACAAAUAAUAUUGAGGAUGUAUUUAAUGUUGAAAAAUUUAUGAAUGAAAGGAUACAUAAGACAAAAACUAUGGAAAGAACAAUUUGUGGGGGUUAUAAAUUACCAAGUUUUUCUGGAUGUAAAUAUUAUCGAUAUUUUGAUGAAAUAACAGCUAAAAUUAAACCACUUGCUGCUGGUUAUAUAUUGAUAACACCAAAAAAUAAUGAAAGUCAAAUUAUUUAUGAUAAAAUUAGUAAAGGUUUAUUUCAAUUAAGUGAUAUAAUAGAAUAUAUUAAAUAUUUUAUUGUAAACAAAGAUUUAAUUAAAUCAGUACUAAAUAACAGUGACAUCAAUAAGAUAAUAAAUAUUCUUGAAAAGGAAGAAAAAAAUUUUUAUUUUUUGGAUAUCUUUGAAAUAACAAAUACUAUAUCAAUUUUAAAAUCAUAUUAUAAUAUUCAUUAUCCUUUUUUAUCAUUUACAGACACAAUUAUAGAUAUGAUUUAUGAAAAUAUUUUUAAAGAAUUAGAAAAUAUUAUACCAUGUUUAUAUUUUGAUAGAAUACAAUUUGUUAAAAAUGAAACAGAAAUGGAAAAUACGGCAUUAUGUUUACAAAAAUAUAAUAUGUUUUAUACAGGAAUUGUUUUACAUGAUAUCAGUGUAUUUAAUUCAACAGAUCUUAAUACUUAUAAUUUUACAAGUUUAAAUAAUUCUAUUAUUUAUAGUUUAAGACCUGUUAAUUAUUUAAUUGAUACUGGAACAAAAAUAUUUAGUAGAUUUCAUGUAAGACAUCUACCUCGAAAUGAUUAUACUCAAGAUCUCAAAUAUUUUACAUCAGGUUUUAUUUAUUUACAAGAUAUUAUUGAUAGAAUUUUAAUUGAACAAAAAACUAAAUUACCAAUACCAAAAUUUGGUAUUUAUACACAACAAGAACCAUCACCUUGUGUUUUAUAUGAUACUUCUUUUGACAUUAAUUAUAGUAUUUCAUUAUGUAUUGUAUCUUCAUUUAUUUUUACUUUUGGAUUAUUAGUUAAAAAUGUUGUUGGUGAAAAAGAAUCUUUUAUUGCAGAUAUAAUGUUUAUCCGUGGAUUAUCUGAAGUCCUAUAUUAUUUAGCAUAUUUUUUGGAUUCUAUAAUUGUUAAUUCAAUUAUAAGUUGUUUAAUUUGUCUAAUGCUUGUUUAUGGAAAAAUAUUAAUGAAUAUUAAUUUUUGGUCCCUAUAUAUACCUAUGAUAUUUUAUGUAAUAGCAACAUCAUCACAAAUAAUAAUUAUAUGUAGUAUAUUUAAAAAUUCUUAUUAUGCCUUAGGUAUAUCUUCAUUUAUUUAUAUUGUUGGUUUUAUACCAUCAGCUUUACAUGCUAUUGGUAAUUUUGGAUUUACUUAUAUAUAUUUAAUAUUUCCUCAAUCAGCUAUAGGAUCACUUUUAGAAAUUUAUAUUAAUAAGUAUCCAGGUGAUAUAUCAUUUUUUGAAUAUUUUGAUACAUUAAAACUUUAUACUGGACUUUAUUAUUGGCAUGCAUAUUUAAUGAUACUUAUUGAUGUUAUUUUUUAUACAAUUUUUGCCUUUAUUAUUAUUCCACUAUUAAAAACUUUAGAACAUACAAAAUUUUGGACAUGUAUUAUUCAAAAGAUAAAUAUAUUUUCAAAAAAAAUUGAAAAUGAUGAAAUUAAUUUUUCAAUUAUUGAAGAUAUACCAAAUGAUUAUAUUAGUAGUGUUAAGAUACAUAAUCUUGUUAUAAGAUAUCCUAAUGGUGUUUAUGGAUUAAAAGGUGUAUCAAUGAAUUUUUAUAAUAAUCAAAUUACAGCAUUCCUAGGUCAUAAUGGUGCUGGUAAAAGUACUACUGUAAGAUUUUUAUCAGGAAUGCAAAAAGCUACAUCUGGAUAUGCAAUUAUAUAUGGUAAAGAUUCAAGAUAUGAAAUGAAUGAAAUAAGAAAAAUGAUUGGAAUUUGUCCACAAGAAAAUGUAUUAUUUUAUUAUUUAACAGUUUAUGAACACUUUAAAUUUUUUGGUGGUUUAAUGAAUAUACCUGAUGAUAAAUUAGAAUAUGAAAUAAAUAAUAUAUUAACAGAUAUUGGUAUGAUAUUUAAAAAAGAUUGCCUGGGAUAUAAUCUUUCAGGAGGAAUGAAAAGAAAACUUUGUAUGGGAUUAGCAUUACUUGGUGGUUCAAAAUUAAUUAUAUUAGAUGAACCAACAUCUGGAGUUGAUCCAUUACAACGAAGAUCUAUUUGGGAUCUUAUUUUUAAGAUAAAAGAAAAUAGAACUAUAAUUUUAUCUACACAUUAUAUGGAUGAAGCAGAAGUAUUAGGUGAUAGAAUUUUAGUUAUGCAAUCUGGCAAGGUUGGUGCUGAGGGUUCUAUAAAAUUUUUAAAAGAAAAACUUGGUAAUGAAAUUCUUUUAAAAAUUCGUAAAGAAUGUAUUGAAAAAUGUAAAGAUUCAAAAUGUCAAGAAUAUAUUUCAAAAUAUUGUAAAUUAGAAAAAUGUUCACCUCUAUAUAUGCAUUAUCGAAUACCACAAGAACAAAACAAUGUAAUUUCAGAUCUUUUGUCAUAUUUAAAAAAAAAUAUUGGAAUGCCUUGUAGUGAUUUUCAACUUUAUUUAUCAGAUUUUCAAGAUUUUUUUUUAAAACUUUCAGAAAAAAAAAGUACAUUUGAUUUAAAUUUAAUAAGUAAUAAUAUUAAUGAAAGUUCAACUUCAUCAGAAUCAUUUAAUAAUAUUUCUGAAUUUAAACAUCCAGAAUUUAAACAAGAAAUGAAUACUUUUAAACUAUUUUGGACUAGAUAUUUUGUCUUACUUAAAAAACGAUAUUAUUUAUUUAAAAAUGAUUUUGCUUUGGAAAUGACUCAAAGAACAUUACCAUUAUUUACAUUAAUUCUUGCCUUAUUAUAUUCUUUUGUUGUUGAAAAAUCACAAGUUUUUGAGAAUACUAAAGUAGUUGAUGUACCAUUAAAUAUUGACAUUUCAGAUGGUUUAAAUUUUUAUCCAUUACAAUCAUAUAUUUCUUAUAAUGAAUAUAAUGAAGAUUAUAAUAUUAGGUCUAGUAAUUCAACUAUAAAAUAUUUAAUAAAAUCUCCUGGAUUGGGUAAUUAUUGUACAGUGAAAAGAUCUGACAAAAAUUCUACAUCUUUAAAAUAUGGAGAUUGUGAUAAAUUUGAAAAUUAUGAAAAAAAUGCCAUAUCAACAAUAAUUGACAAGAAGACAUUUCCUUUAUCAAUAGUAAGUAACUCUACCUGUCGAUGUGGAAUCAAAUAUUGGAAUUGUUCUUCAACAAAUUUUUAUGUAAAAGUUGCAACAUUUAAAAUUCAACCAAAUAUUACAUUAAAAGAUUAUUCCUCUGUAAAUAUAUCAAAAGUAAGACUUGGUCAAUCAGAUAUAAAUGGAAUGAUAAUAAAUGGAUCAUCAGAAGAACAUCAAAAGUAUAAUUUAUCAAAAAUUCAUUAUUCUAUAGAUUUGUUAUUUAAAACAUUAAUUAAUAAUUUUGCUGAAGAAAAAGUUGGAAAAAUAUGGUUUAACAAUAGAUAUUAUAUUUCAUCAACAGCUUUUUUAAAUUCAUUAUCAAGUGCAAUAUUAAGAGAAAAUUAUAAUAAACAAGGAAAAAUGUAUAAUAAUUCGGGUGUUUUUACAAUUAAAAAUCCUAUGGUUGGUUUAAAAUCACAAGCUGAUAAAGAUUUUGAAAAUAUGUUAUCUUCAGGAGUCAUUUCAUUAGGUAUAUUAUUUUCUUUUACUAUGAUGAAUGCUGGUAAUGUUAAGUUACUUAUAACAGAAAGAGAAACAUUAAUAAAUGAACUUAUUAGAUGUUCUGGGACAGGACGUUUUGUCUAUUGGAUUAGUUAUUUUACUUUUGAUUAUUUUAUUUUUACAAUAGCAACUUUUAUUAUUUAUAAUAUGAAAUGUUUUUUGGGUGUUACAUCUGUGUUUUUUUUGUUUGGAUUAAAUUAUAUUUUAUCUAUUUAUAUAAUUCAACAUUUAUAUAGUGAUCCAGCUAAAGGAUAUAUUGCUAUAGGAUUAUCAAGUUUUUUUCUUGGAUCCUUUUUACAAGUUUUAUUUAUUGUUCUUCAAAAAUUAGCAACAGAAUCAAAUCAAUUUAUACUAGUAAAAAAUAUAUGUUUAUAUAUUUUUGCACUAUGUCCACAAUUUAACAUUAAUAUGACAAUCUAUAAAACUUUAAUGUAUACAUUUAUAAUGAAAAAAUUAGAAAAUUCAUUAAAUAAAGAAGAUAAUUUGUUAAUGAAUGAUAUGCAUAUACAACCAAAUUUAUAUAGUUGGGAUCAAUUAACAAUUCAUAUAGUUAUACUUUCAAUAACAUUUUUUAUAAGAAUUAUAUUAUUAUUAAUUGUUGAUAAUGGAUUUGAUUGUUUUCCUUUGUUAAAAAUUUUAAGAAAAUGGUAUUUAAAACAUGUUUUUGCAAAAACAUUAUUUCAUGAAGAGUAUACUCAUCCAACUGUUUUAAAAGAACAAAAUUUAGUUAAAACAAUAGAUUUAAAUGAUAACUCUUCUAUCUAUGGUGUUGUUUGUUGUAAUAUUUCAAAAUUUUAUAGUUAUAAUAAGUUAGCUGUUAAAAAUAUUUCUUUAUCUGCCCUUAAAGGUGAAUGUUUAGGUUUUUUAGGAACCAAUGGUGCAGGAAAAUCAACAACAUUUUAUAUAUUAACACAAAUAGUUUAUCCAGAUAUGGGAAAAACUAAAUCAUUUGGUUCAUAUGGUUAUUGUCCACAAAUUCAUUCAUUAAAUGAUGGAUUAACAGUUAAAAAUAAUUUUAAAAUGUAUGGUUUAUUAAGAGGAAUAUCAAAAGAGUCAAUAGAUAAUGUUGUAGAAUGGGUAUUACAACAAAUGUCAUUAAAAGAUUAUGCUGAUAAAUUAUCUAAAAAUCUUUCUGGUGGUAAUAAAAGAAAACUUCAAGCAGGUAUAGCUAUUAUAGGUAAUCCAAAUAUCAUAUAUCUUGAUGAACCAACAUCUGGUAUGGAUCCAAAAAGUCAAACAUUUUUAUGGAAUGUGAUUGAAAAAUUACGUGAACAUAAAAAAACAAUUAUUAUGUGUUCACAUUCUAUGGAAGAGUGUGAAGUUAUGUGUCAAAAAAUAUGUAUAAUGGUUGAUGGAAGAAUUAAAAUAAUAGGUACAAUGCAAUCUUUAAAAAAUGAACUUGGUUAUCAAUAUGUAUUAAAAAUAAAAGCUAAAGAAUUCUCAGAACUUACUAUUUGUAACAUUAUUGAAUCUCAUGUUACUACAGCUUCAAAAUUAUCUAUACAAUAUAAUUUAAUAACAUACAAAUUAAAGUAUUAUCAAAAUAUUUUUGAAGAUUUAUUAUCUACUAUUGAAAAAUUAUCUGAACAAAAAUUAAUACUUGAUUACAAUUUCAGACCUGUAAAUUUAGACGAUAUAUUUUCUGUUGUCGCAGAUGGUUUUGAAGCUCGUAAUAUAUGA